UCUCAGUCGCCGCACGCAAACUCGGCGAGCUCGACGAGUACAGACUUGGCGAGCGCGUCAGCUCCGGGACCUGCAGGUUCAGCCCAGCAGAGUCACAGCUCGACUUCCGGCUUCUCCUCCGGCACCAGUGAGCCUUCUCCUCUUACCCUCGGCCCCUCGCAGGCUUCACGGAUGGGCUUCAGCCCUCACCCAGGGUUCCCCCCAGGCGUCACGGGCACCCCCACACGAGUAGCAGCCUUGAGGCAACAGGGCUCGAUUGCCCCAGGCAGCCCGCGAACAAUGUCUCCUGUACCUAGCGGCUCCAACCCAGGGACUCCCAGGAUGAUUCCUCAGGCCUCUCCCUCGGAUGUCGCUCAGACGCCGAGAGCCGAGCUCUCAGUCUUCUGCUCGCUUCCUAGCGGGUUGUCGGAAGAGGUGGACAAGCUGGAGAUUCAGCUGAGGAUGGCUCGGAAUGAGCUCAAGGAGCUGCAGGUGAGUCACAAGAGUAGAUUGUAGUGUAAAAUAGGCGUGUGAACAAGGCGUGGUGACUUGAGGGCUGGGGCAGGCAAAAUCAUUCGAUGCGCUUGUGAACAGGAAGAGAGCUGAGUUCAACGUUCUUUCUGCCGAGCUUGAGCUCGAGAUUGCAGACGAAGUCUACAAAAAGAUUCAAGAGAAACUGGACGAACUUCAAUAUGAAGCUUUGAAUUCAUGAAUGAAAUUU